AUGUUUGUGUCGAGGCUUGGACGGGGAGUUUGGGUGAAUCGAGUAAUCGGCACGAGAGGGGUCUCCACAAAGGAAACAACGAGAAAAGGGAGACGAGAUGUGGAUGCGAGCGUUCCCGAGGCACAAACCACUUCAGAGGAUGGGACAUUCGAGAUACAGGAGUCUUCUUCAUCACCGUCAAUCGAGGAUCGGCCACUGUGGCGUUUACCCAAGAGUCCUUUCGUAGAGAUUCCUCAAGCGUGGGUUACCUCGUUCAACUCGAUCAAGGAACAAAAGCUUGGUCUCGUCGAUCUUCAUCCAGACGUGUUUCGCGUGUCACCUCGACUCGACAUUUUGCACAGAAAUAUCACUUGGCAAGAGAAUUACCGAAAUCUGCAGUUGACGAAAAUGUUAAGCAAAGGAGAGAUGCCGGGUGGAGGAGCAAAGCCUUGGCCACAGAAGCGAACCGGUCGCCAUCACGCGGGAAGUAUUCGAGCUCCGCACUUUAGCCGAGGCGGUUUUGCGCACGGAGCGAGAGGACCGAGGACGUGGUUCUACAUGUUGCCCGAUUCGUUGAGGAUACAAGGUCUCUGCGUUGCUCUCACAGUCAAACACGCACAAGAUGAUCUCCAAAUUGUCGAUCGAUUAGAUGAGCUCGCCGAUGGUGAUCCACAGUAUCUGAUGGAUUUGGCUGAGGAACGGAAUUGGGGAUACAGUGUGCUUUUUGUGAACGACACGGACACGAUCACUGGUGGACUAGCUGAGGCGACGAGUCAACUCCCAUCGAUGACAGUGAUGCCCUUCUAUGGACUGAAUUGCUUCUCGAUUCUCAAAUACGACACGGUGGUUUUUAGUCAAAAGGCUCUUGAGUUGGUCGAAUCCCGUCUCCUUCAGCACAAACACCGUGCUGACACUCUUCAGAAGAAAUACUGCUACAAGGACAUGAAAGAGACAUUGUUGCGAGAGGGCGAAAAGGAAGAACACCCACAACAGGCACCGUUUGUA